CACGCGCCUCUGUGUGUCUGUCUUUGUGGGAGAGCCCCCCUAUAAAUAACCCUCAAAACCCUCUCUCUUUCUUCAGAUGCAAACCAAGUCACCGGCUUGCAUCUGUUCUCUUCUCCUUUCUCUCUGUACCUCCUACCACAUCUUCUCUCUUCUUUCUCUCUCUACAGUCAACCUAUUGUCUUUAGCCACCAAUUCUCCUAUCUCCCCUCUCUCCCACUACACAGUAGCAAUUGCAUUCUCUCUCUCUCUCUCUCUCUGUGUAUAUCUCUCUGUUAGGCUUUUCUCUCUCUAGGUGCAUUUUCUUUUUCCAUUGGAGCAUUUGGGGUAUUUUCAGUACAGAGUUUCUCUCUCUAGAACACUCUUCGUCGUUUAUCAGGGCAAUUUGUUCCUCUUUGGUAUUGCGAUCGGUAUAAAUACAAAUUUGUUGUACCGAAUGUUUUGAGUUUCUCUCUCUGGAUUGUUUACUUUUCCAUGCAUUUAGUCCAAAUCCAAAAGUAAAAACGAAGUCUUUUCGGUUUCCCUUGCGUUAGAAACAAAUCGAACAUUCUCAGUUCUUUUGCUCCCCACCUGUUUCUCCUUGCAUUCGUCCAAAUCAGAAGUAAACGGACCACCCAUUCUCAAUUGCUCUGUCAAUCCGGUGUUUUCUCUCUCCAGAUCUGUUUGUCUCUCUAGAUCACGGCCAAACAUGAGGACCGCAACAGAGGACCUCUUCCCAUCAACACCAGGCAAGGUGAAGAUCGAGCGCACCCACGCCAUCAACCGUCAGUUUCACCGAUGCUUUGCAUCGACGAGCACGAUGUUCCUGUGGGCUCUCGUCCUCCUCGCCCUCACCGCCUUCUACCUCAGUUUCCAGUCGUUCAUGGACUCCAGCACGCGCUACUUCUCGACCCCGUGGGGUGGCCUCCACUGGGAGAAGCAGGUGCGCGCAUCGUGCCAGACCCGCCGUCCCGGGGGCCUCACCGUGCUUGUCACUGGUGCCGCGGGCUUCGUCGGCACCCACGUCUCACUGGCCUUGAAGAAGCGGGGCGACGGCCUGGUCGGCCUCGACAACUUCAACUCGUACUACGAUCCGUCCCUGAAAAAGGCCCGCAAGGCCAUUCUAGCCCGCCACGGCAUGUUCGUGAUCGAGGGCGACAUCAACGACGCGAGAUUGCUCGCGAAGCUCUUCGACAUCGUCGCCUUCACCCACGUGAUGCACCUUGCCGCGCAGGCUGGGGUCCGGUACGCGAUCGAGAACCCGGCCUCCUACGUCCAGAGCAAUGUGGCCGGCCUGGUGACAUUGCUAGAAGCCUGCCGCUCUGCAAAUCCCCAGCCUUCCGUAGUCUGGGCCUCGUCCAGCUCCGUCUACGGGCUCAACGAGAAGGUCCCGUUCUCUGAGCUCGACCGGACCGACCGCCCCGCCAGUCUCUAUGCAGCCACGAAGAAAGCCGGAGAAGAGAUCACACACACAUACAAUCACAUCUAUGGACUCUCCAUCACCGGGCUUCGAUUUUUCACCGUCUACGGGCCAUGGGGCCGGCCCGACAUGGCCUAUUUCUCGUUUACUCGAAACAUUUUGCAGGGAAAACGCAUUACGGUAUACAGAGGAAAGGAUCACACUGAUUUGGCCAGAGAUUUUACAUAUAUUGAUGAUAUAGUGAAAGGUUGUGUUGCUUCUCUUGAUACAUCCGGUAAAAGCACUGGUUCAGGGGGCAAAAAGAAGGGCCCUGCUCCUUAUAGGAUCUUCAAUUUGGGGAACACAUCACCAGUUACAGUGCCUGAUUUAGUGGGCAUUUUAGAGAAACAUUUGAAGGUGAAAGCAAAGAGGAAUGUGGUUGAAAUGCCUGGUAAUGGAGAUGUCCCCUUUACUCAUGCUAACAUCAGUUUGGCUCAGAAGGAGCUUGGGUAUAAGCCCACAACUGAUCUUCAAACUGGUUUGAAGAAGUUUGUAAAGUGGUACCAGUCUUACUAUGGAUACCAUCGCGGGAAGGCCGCCUUGAACUGAUAGAGAGAGAACCUGCUUUCUCUCUCUAAAACCCCGUGAGAGAAAAUCUGGUCUCUCUCUUCCCCUUUCUGUACAAAACAUUCUUCUUUGCUGGGAAAGAGCUUGGGUUCGCCGGAAAACAUGGCCUGCUCCUUUUUUUUCCUGCGGUUUUAGCCGCAAAACGUCGGACUUCGCCGGAAAAUUUGUGUUUCGCCAUUUUGGUGGCGAGUUUUUCAUUCGUGAGGGGGCCCGGCUUUAAUUUUGGGCGGUGGGGUUACAGUGGAGGGGGCAAGAACACAGCUGUAAAGUAAUGAGCGCGUGUUUCUUUGUCUUUUGACCUUACCGACAGUCGAAACUAUCGAUAAGGGCAUUGCCUUGUUUCCUUUCGCAUUAAGGUUAAAAAUAGAAGGGUUUUGUUGCUAUUGUGGAGAGGAUUAUUUUGUAAUUGUAAGCAUGUGGCGAGAUUUCAAAUUGAUUUAAUUAAGAUAUUGUUCACUUUCUAUUUUUGAGCUUA